AUGGAAUCGCCGUUGUUUGUUGAAAAGGAACAUGCACCGGGCUUUGAUACGUCUGCACGGCACAAGGGCGCAUCAGGCAGGUCAUCUCUUAUCGGAAGAAGCAACGCUUCAACACGUCUGGUACUCUCCAGUGAGAUCGACCAUUCAGAAAAUAGACCCGAGCCUAUGGACUUAGAUCCUCUCGAGCCAGCUCAAGAUGAGGAAAUCUUUGAUCAGAGAAGUCCAUCGGGUGGAGAUCACUCUACUCCCCGAUGGUCACUGAGCGAUUCAGUGCUGGAAAUGGUCCCUUCUCGCUGCUCGCCCGGGGCUGAUCCAGAGCUUGGAGAUUUUAAGAGUGAAUGCACCCAGAUCUCUCUGGAAACAGUCUCACUCGAAUGGGACCAGGGCGAGCGAGCAACAGGAGAGGAACCCAGUCCAGACACUGGAUCUGCCCUCGGAAUUACUGCACAGACACCUAUCGAUUCUGCAGCACAGCGACGAUCUUCGUCAGAAACGAUAAUAUUGUCAGAAGAACGCCGUCCCUCCAGGUCUGAAGAGCUAGAGGCUUUCCUCAAUGGCUUGAGGAGGGCCCAAGUGGAGCAGGAAGAAUUGGAAAAAAGGAUGGAGAGCGACCGGCUCAAUGAAGAGCUCAAUCUGCUCUAUCAUAAUCAAGCUUCACCUAGAGAUUUGCUUCAAUCAGGUCAAACUCAGACUUUGUCACUAUCGAUCUCUGCUGACGAACAAUCGGAAGCAAUGUACAAAGAGACCAGGCACAUCGCAACAAAACCUGUCGACCCCAAUUGUCAAACGUCUACACAACCGCUUAUCGAGAUCAAGUUCUGGUCACUCGAGCGAGGUCAGUGGAACCAAUCAGACUGUCUUCUCGUAGACCGGUUGGAUCCCUCACCCAUGGAGCGGCUCGCACGAAAGUACUCCUGCAAAGGAUUUACACUCUACGAUGUGAACCUCAAGAGCCUUCGUCCGGCCCAUUGCUACCGCGCAGCAACAGCGGAUGAUACCAAAGCGAUCUUCUUGAUUUCGGCCCACGAAGAGAAAGCAAUUGCGGCUACAGAAGGAUUACGGAAGGAGGAAAAGCUGAUUUCAAUGGCUGCUCGCGUUGUGGGACGUGCACGAUAUUGA